AUGCGUAACAAAAAAGUUGCGAGCGCACUCAGCAUACCGACAGAUUCAGAAGCGAAUAAUCUCUCUGUGCUCGACGGAACAGUCUCCUCAGUGCCAACCUACACGGACUUCUUGAAGGCACAACUGCAGAAAUCAUUUAAACAUGUUUUGGAAGUGGAAAAUGCUUUGGUGGAUCUGGUGCAUGCCGUAGAAUUGGUUAGUGUUGGUUCAAAUUUAGUGCAUUUGAUUGGCUUUUUGAAAACACAUUAUUGUGAUAUUUUUAUUUCAAUGAAACCGUAA